GGGCGGGAAGGUUGCGGAGGCGCCGAGCGGAGUGCCCAAGCCUAGUAGUGGCGGGCCGGUCUCUAAGUGGUCGGGUCGCGCCCUUGUGGCGAGAGCGCGCGGCCCGACGGCGGGGUGGUCCGUCCCCCGUGGUCUAGCUGCUACUGAACCUAGUGGAAACAGAAAAUAGGAGAAUGGCUGCAAACCCUUCAGGUCAAGGUUUUCAAAACAAAAAUAGAGUUGCAAUCUUGGCAGAAUUGGACAAGGAGAAAAGAAAAUUACUAAUGCAGAACCAAUCUUCAACAAAUCAUCCUGGAGCUAGCAUUGCUCUCUCAAGACCGGCACUGAAUAAGGACUUCCGGGACCAUGCAGAGCAGCAGCACAUUGCAGCCCAACAGAAGGCCGCGCUACAGCAUGCUCAUGCACACUCGUCUGGAUACUUCAUAACUCAAGACUCUGCUUUUGGGAAUCUUAUUCUUCCUGUCUUACCUCGUCUGGACCCAGAAUGAAGAACAUAAUUUGCAAUGAAAAUGACUUUGUAACGUCAGAUGCCAAAGCUAUGAUCGCUCAGUGCUAUACAAACUGUGACUUUUAGAAUUUUGGUGAACUGAUUUUUUUUUUUUUUUUUGCUUUGUUAAAAGGAAGGUAUUUGUGUAAAUGAAAGCCAAAAAGGAGAGUGACAGGAUGCUGAAUGUUCUAAGAAGCUCUUUUAUUGAAGAGAGAAUUAUGUUACCUGUGACUAUCACUCUUUUGUAUUGCAGUUUUUUUAAACCCCAGCAGUUUGAUUUUUGACUCUGAAAUCUGGCUGUGUUCUGGUCUACCACAAAAAUUGAUCUCCCCAUUUCCACUAUAUUUGUUGGACUCAAUAUAUCAUGUCUACAUGUCAAGAAUCAUUGAUACUACUUUCAAGAAACAAGGGUGCUUUUGAAAAAAUGUGAACCUUUAGGCUCAAGGUUACUGAAAUAAGUCACAUUCAAAUUUGUUGUUAAUACAUUUGAUAUUAGUGUCAUCGGUCUCUCAUUCUGAAAUGCUCUAACUCAUAACUAGUUCCCCUAUUCACAACUUAAGAGAAAAUCCCAAAUAAGACUGGAUUACCAGUCUUUUUUUUGUUUUGUUUUGUUUUU